AUGACUAAUGACAUAUCUAAAAAGAAGGGGAAGAGCUCAGGUGAGAAAAAGGUCAAGAGAAAGACCAAAAGAAGAGAGACUUACGCGAUGUACAUCUAUAAAGUUUUGAAACAGGUUCAUCCGGACACGGGGAUUUCGAGCCGCGCCAUGAGCAUCAUGAACUCCUUCGUGAAUGACCUGUUUGAGAGGAUCGCCACAGAGGCGUCCCGGCUGGCUCAGUACAAUAAGCGCUCCACCAUCACCAGCAGAGAGGUGCAGACCGCGGUGAGGCUGCUGCUGCCCGGGGAGCUGGCGAAGCACGCCGUGUCAGAGGGAACCAAGGCCGUCACCAAGUACACCAGUUCCAAAUGAGGACUUCACCCUGGACGC